CUGCUCGACCGCGACGGGGUGAUCAACGUCGACGUCGGCGCGCCGGGCGUCGUGGACGUCGCGCAGUUCGAGCUCAUCGACGGCGCGGCGCGCGCGGUGCGAGCGCUGAACGACGCGGGCGUGCCGACGGCGGUGGUGACGAAUCAGACGGCGAUCGGAAAGGGGCACGUCAGCGCGGCGUACGUCGAGGACGUGGUGCACGGGGAGAUGCGACGCGCGCUUCGCGAAGACGCCGGGGCGACGCUGGGGGAGAUUUAUUACGCGCACAAGGCGCGAGACGAACCGUGCGACCGGCGAAAGCCGGCGCCGGGGAUGGUGGUCGAGGCACUCGCGGCGAAUGGGCUCGCGGAUGAGCCGUCGCGGGCGGUGUUCAUCGGGGACACGGUGACGGAUAUGCAGGCGGCGGCGAGAGCGGGCGUUCGGCGGUGCUUGGUGUGCACGGGGUACGGAGAG